GUUGGGAUAGACUUGUGGAGCACGAGACGUUGUCCCGCCAGUUGUCGGUGUCUUCCGACUCCAAAUUACUAGACGACGACAUCAGGGAAGAACAGAAAAUUCUUCUUAGACCCAAGAAGCCCCCGAGACCGAAGUCUGAAGUUUAUCUCUGCAAAGAUCAACGUAGAUCCAAACGAUACUCAGCUUUCGGGGGCGACUCUCCGUUUGGCCGGACGGAAGCCUACAUCAAGUUGGACCAACUGGGCGAGGGCUCCUACGCGACUGUGUAUAAAGGCUACAGCAACCUAACGAACCAAGUGGUGGCGCUGAAGGAGAUCCGCCUUCAGGAGGAAGAAGGCGCUCCCUUUACGGCGAUUAGAGAAGCCUCCCUACUGAAGCAACUCAAGCACGCCAACAUCGUCACGUUGCACGACAUCAUCCACACCAGAGAGACGCUCACUUUUGUAUUCGAAUACGUGCACACGGACCUAUCACAGUACCUGGAGAGACACAGUGGCGGCCUACAUCCCCGCAACGUGCAGCUCUUUCUCUUCCAGCUACUGCGAGGCCUCGCCUACUGCCACAGACGCCGCAUCCUACACAGGGACAUCAAGCCGCAGAACUUGCUCAUCGCUGAGAACGGCGAACUCAAAAUUGCUGACUUCGGCUUGGCACGGGCCAAGUCAGUUCCGUCACGCACGUACAGCCACGAGGUGGUGACGCUCUGGUACCGUCCCCCUGACGUGCUGCUCGGCUCCACCGACUACACCACGUCACUCGACCUCUGGGGCGUCGGCUGCAUCUUCGUCGAGAUGAUCACGGGGGCACCCGCCUUCCCCGGCGUCAGGGAUGUGCAUGAUCAACUCGACAAGGUUUUCAAGGUUGUAGGCACCCCCACUGAGGCGACCUACCCCGGGGUGUCCCUCCUGCCUCAGUACCGACCUCAUCGCCUCGUCCUCUACCGCCCCAGACGCUUGUCCGCUGCCUUCCCUCGGCUGCAAGAGGUCGCCUCGGCUGAAGCCCUCACUUCCAUGUUCCUCCAGAUUUUACCCGCGCGCAGAAUAUCCUGCGAUGCAGCACUCAGACACAAGUAUUUCGGUGAUCUCUCCCAGCUCGCCUUCUCUUUAGACCCCGAGCGUCCUAUCUUCAGCAUAAGCAGCAUAAAACUGGCUACUGAACUGCACACGACGAACUCGCAGCAUCAGGACCAGCACAAGGAUAGAGCAAGACGCAUGGUGUAGUCUCUUACGUCAACCAAUAGAGCUCCUCAGCUCUCUCUUCCUCGGCUGUAAUGUUACUUCCGUUUCUUCCACCUAUGACUGGGGAAUUUCAUUAAAAGAAUUUUUGAAACUAUUUAAUUUUUUGUGCUUUUGGAAACAGAAAUGAUAAUAGGAAAAGACUAAUCUGUGAUUGGAUUCGACGAUUAGGAUAAAUAAAAUUUGAGUUGACGAGGUAAAAGUUUAUUCUUAGCAACUGUUGUACUUCAAUGAAGAUUAACGCACUUCUUUAGAGGAAGCGUCAUCCCAGAAGCACGUACAAAUGUUCGAACAGGCUGUAUGAACGGCCUAUGUCUGAGUUUAUAAACUUUUACCUUCAUCCAUGUUCAUUUUCGUGCUGUAAUCUGGAGCAACCAACUGAAUGCCGGUGUUGCCCUUAAAAUUUUUUGACAAUGAUUACUACUAAUCGCAUUACUGGCGAAAUUGUGAGCAAAUAGUUUCUUGCUGAUCAGCAUAUCAAGCUAUGCGUUGCAACUAGAAAAUUCCGUUUUCAGCCCCGAUGAUAGUGCCAUGCAUCUAUUUAGUAACUGAUCUUAUUGAUCAUUAAAAUCUAGGAACUGUUUAACGGUUCAGAAAUUUCAGAAAUCUUGAAUAAUUUCGAGUGUUAGUUUUCCUAUGAAGUGUGAUGUAUUUAUUUCCGCAUUAAACACUGCCGAGUGAUCCGAAACAUCGUUGUGCCAAUCGUCUUCCCACCUUAGCAAAAUUUCAAAUUUAAUAAAUAGGAUAACAUUGCCGGAUGGCAUUUUUCGCUGAUCCCUCUUAGCCUCUUUUUGCUCCUAUUCGCAAUAUAGAAUUAUAGGUCGGUGAACGAUUUUCUCUUAGACUUUACAUAAUUUUGUUGGUGUGUCUUAUUCUUCCAAUGACCGAUGGCCAAAAGAAACACGGAAGUCAAUGAUGUAAUGUGAACAAGAUUUACUAUUGAGCAUAUUUCUUCACCAAAAACCCUCAUGCAUGCUGAAUCCCCUAAACAAAUAAUUCAACGUUUCCAGUUAAAACUUAUCAUCAGUUUCUUCAUAGGCAUAAAGUUAUCGCGAAGUUACAUCUUUGAUGUUGGUGACGAAACACGGAGGCGAAAGAUACAAUUGAGUUGUCACGAGUACCAUGCAGUGCCCUGAAACACCGAUGCUUAACUUAUUAUAGGCAUUCUGUAACGAGCGUGUUCAAAUGAUUGUAGCUAAACCUUGUGGGGACUGAUAUUCGAAUGAAUUUACUUGUUUUAAAUUCGACUGACUUGUUUGUUUCAUUAAAAUAUUUUUGUAUGUCAUUGAUUUAUUCCUUUCACUCUGCCUACAUGUACGUCGUACGGCACCCGAAUCUACCGAGCUAAGUCUCUUUGCUGUGUUUCGUUCACUCUCUUUCUUCUUUACUUCAUUCCUUAUUUGACGAAGAAAAAUAUCUUACAAUGACUUUCUCGAUCAUAAGUGUCAAGAACACUCACAGUAAAUAAUCUUUCUAUUUAUUUUAUUGAACAUCUUGGAUGGUUCACUGUCUUUUUUCCAGCAAUGAUUUCGCGUUUAUUUUUAUUAAGGACUUAUUCGAUUUGCUUUCUGUUUUGAACUGGUAUUUUAAAGUCCAUUUUCUUUCAUUAAUAAUCUCGUCAUUGGAGCUCGUCGUGCUUUAGAAUGGUUAGCUAAACAUUUGAGGAAUGAAUUUUAAGUGCCUCCAUUUUCGCUCCAGCAAAAUCUUCCCGUCUCUUCAUCCUGGUCAUUAAUCGCAGUUUAUUUUGGUAGAUUUGAUUCUGUAUGCAAAUUUCAGUAAGACUCGUGGGUCCAAAUUUUCUAAAGUUCGCUCGAUUUCUGUGGACGUUCCCAACAUUUCUUGGGCCACUUGUCAGCAUUUGGCAUAAUUUUUUGAAAUCAAAACGUCAUUAGUUAAUGUAUUUAAAGCUUCACAUAAUGUUUUGGGCAGGCAGAAAUAACAGCGGGUGCAUGAUGGUAUUUCUUGAUGCUGCACAUUUUAGAAUAAAUACCAAACCUUUUAACCGUGAAAUAUAUUAGAAUUUUUUUGUUCCUCUUUGAGCGUUGUGUAGCCAGAAAGGCGAUGAAAAUUGUUAUACAUUUGUUCUAGGUUUAAACUGAAGGUCAUGAUACUGAACCCUCUCUCGCUGCAUCUUCAACAUUGGUCUCUGCUGUGAACAUGUCAUGAAACGCUCUUGCGUGGCAAUGAAAAUCAUGAAUGCUGCAUUUUUUCACUUAUUUUUGGAUAUUACGUCGCAGGCGCAAGCAGUUAGGAGUUGAAUCAUCCAAGGUAGUGACAUUUAUGAUUUUUUUAUUCCUUUUCUAAUGAUAUUACGUAAAAUUAUCUUGUGUUUAUUUUAUAUGUGAAAUGUUACGCAGAAAACACACACAAACUGAUUUAACCAAUGGGAUGUGUAGUUCUUCUAGAGCAAAUAACUGCGGGUUCAAAUUGAGUUUUUGCUUUAAAUAUGAAUUUAGUCAUGAACUUCAUUUGUAGCAGAUAUUAACAUGCGAUACGCAGCAACGGUGGAAAAUUGGACCAAUAUCAAACGAAUUGUAAAUGUUUCCUCACAUUUUUUACUGCAUUUAUUUACCGGGCAUAGACUAGGUAAAAUAUUGGUAUACACUAGUUUUCAAAUGUUACGCCCUGAUUUCUGUAACGCGCUGUUGACGAAUUGAUAAUCCGUUCAACAAUUUGAAAAUAAUGUUGAUAUUUGUUCAUGCCAAACGUCUGCCUACUUGGGCAAGUAUUCGGUAGCCUCCCUCGCUCUCAAUCCAAUAUCAUCAUAAACUUGUUAACAGAACUUUCGCGUCGAAUGUUUUGCUCGCCAUUUUUAUGAAUUAAAGAUCCAACUUUCAAGUCCCACAUCUGGUUAUUCUAUGGUUUUGUAGAAACUUUGGUUUUUUUUAUUGCUUUGCAAAGAAGCUUUCCUGAAAUAAGCCCACUAAAAAGUUUUUUCUAAAUAGGUAGAAUUGUCAUUGUGCAAUCUUGUUAAGUAAGACUGAACUUUGUUGCUACGUAGUUCAUAUGAUGAAUUAAACUCUUAUUAUAAAGACAACGCGGUCUUUGAGUGGCCAAAUUUUAACUAUGUGCCAAUGUUUUGCCUAAGAAACCAGCGUCAAUGACAUAGUCGAUUUUUCCUGAAAUUUUUGUUGUAAAUAAAAAUUUGUUCAUGUGA